AUGUCGCAGCCGUUCAUCGAAGACAGUGGCGCCGCCGCCGCCGCCGGCAAGACUGGCCUUCGCAAGACGCCGUCGUACUGGUACGAGUUCCAGACAUAUGCCAAGCUGCGGUGGUUUGGCCGCGAGCUGCUCGAGAUCUUCACCACCGAGUUCCGCGACCGCACAAAGGAGUACUACAUCUGGGCCAUCCACAAAGGCAUCUGCAGCGUCAACGGCAAGCGUGGCGAUCCGAGGCAGAUCAUCUCGGACGGCGACCUCAUCUGCAACAACGUCCACCGUCACGAGCCGCCCGUCACCGACGAGCCCAUCCGCAUCCUCCACCGCGACGACGACGCCGGCAUACUCGUCAUUGUCAAGCCCGGCAGCAUCCCCGUCCAUGCCGCGGGCCGCUACUACAAGCACACCCUCACCGAGUUGCUUAAGAGCGAGCAUGGAAUCCCGCGCAUCUACACCGUCAACCGCCUCGACCGACUCACCAGCGGCAUCAUGGUCUGCGCCACGAAAAAGGAGACGGCGACCCGCAUCAGCGCCCAGUUCCACUCUGGCUUCGUCAACAAGGCCUACGUGUGCCGCGUGCGGGGCAAGUUCCCCGAGGGCGAGGUGGUGUGCAAGGAGCCCAUCCUCACCAUCGACCGGCAGAGCGGCGUCAACAUCGUCCACCCCAAGGGCAAGGACUGCGAGACCAUCUUUGUCAGGCUCUCGUACGAUGCCGAGGACGACUCGAGCGUCGUCUUCUGCCGGCCCAUCACCGGCCGGACGCACCAGAUCCGCGUCCACAUCCAGUACCUCGGCCACCCCAUCUGCAACGACCCUAUCUACGGCCACGACGUAUGGCAGCGCGUAGACACGAGCCAGUUUUCUCAAGUCGUGCCGGAUCAGUGGAAGACUGUGGGCGGCGAAAUUGGCCUCAAAGAGGUCGAGGAGGUGGUGCACGCCAUCAAGUCGGAAAAGGACGGCCAGGAGGACUGGGCGCGCUGGAAGGACGAGGUGCUCUUCAAGGAUCUCAACGAGAAGGAGGGCCUCGCCGACAUCUACGUGCCUGGGCCCAACGGCAAAAGCAGCAAGCCGUCGUCGGAGGCGCUCCUUCGGAGGGCGCUCGAGAAGCUCAACGCAGGCGAAGAGGUCCCGACGAAGGGCUUCAACCGGCCGCAGGAUAUCGAGACGGCGUGGCAGAAGCGAGUCCGCGAGCAGUCUUCGGACUUUUGCCCCGAAUGCAAGAUUCCGCUGUUGCCCGAUCCGGAGCCCGAGGAGCUCUACAUCUACCUGCAUGCCAUCAAGUACUGGUCCGACGACUGGAGCUUCGAGGACGCCCUGCCUUGGUGGGCGCGAGACGACUGGCGGUCGGUGCCGCAAAGGGGACUGGGCUCGACGACCAACGGCGAAAAGACGCUCCCCAAGGACCUUGCGGCCGCGCAGGGGCCGGUGACAGGUCCGCCUCCAUCCUCGUCUACGGACGCCGCCAAUUUCUCCGACAUCCAGGCCAAGGCAGCGGCACUCGCUGCCCCGAAACCGCUCGAGGCCGCAGUGAGGGGCAUCGAGAUUGGCCGGGCAACGCAGCUCAUCGAUCUUCCGCUCAGCAGCGGCCGCCAGGCGACGCCUCCCGCCACGUCGGACACUCCGGAUGCUAUAGUACUGGCGACCCGGCCGCAGUCCUUCGCCGCCUCGCUCGUCUUUGAGGUGUUCCGGGGCUUCGAAGACUUUGCGCAGCGUGAGAUCCUGCAGCAGGUCCAUUGCCAGGCGGCUCGUUGGCACUCUCGCGACCCCGCAACGACGGGCGUGGCCUCUGUCGGCACAAGCUUGCAGUCGGCCCACGUCCGACUCGGCGAUCCAGAGCACGCUUCGCUGGCACUGCGCGCCUAUCUCGACGGAGAUCUUUGCGUUGCCAAGUCGGCGUACUUGCUAGCCGGGUCGUCUGACUUCCCGGAGAGGCUGUACGAGGACCUCAAGCGGGACCGCCUCGCCGCGGGCGACAGCCGGAGGGCACAGAAGAAGGCUGCCGAACGACGCCGAGACUUUGGCAAGGAUAAGAAGAAGAAGCGUGGUACGCGCAAGAAGGACGGCAAGGUCGUCGAGGGGCCAAGAGUGGCGGAUGACGUCGACUUCCGCGAGAAGGACGAUGCGGCCAAGGUGGCACAAGCAGCAGCAGUGGAGCCCGAGGAGCAUGGCGACGACGCCGACGCGCAGAGCGAGAGCGAUGCCGGCAAAGAAGACGCGCGGUCCGAGUCGAGCACGUCCUGGCCAUCCGAGCAAGAGCUGCUCCGACUCAUCGACGACACCUGGAAUGCAUCGCUCGAGGCGCGGGACAAAGCGUUCAAGACAUGGCUCGACGUCCAGCUGGCCAGCAUGGGUCAGACGUCGCUGCGGCCCGAGCAGCUGAGCUACCGCGCCUCGGUCGACCGGUCGACGUAUGUGCUGCCGAGCAUGACGACCCAGACGCUCAGCAACCACGUUGGCAUCCUGGCGUGGGGCUGGCUCAAUGGAUCAGAGCCGCAAAAGGACGACAGCGAGCCGCCGAAAUGGAGGGUGGAUCUCGAACAGCCGCUGCUCGACGUCACGCUCAAGUUUUCGCCAGGCUUUGGCAUCGCCGACGAGUUCGAAAAGGCUCUCGACUCGACCCAGGCUGGGUCUGCAGAAGCCAGGGUCGAGGGAGAUCUCUCCUUCCUCCUCUGCCUCCCCGAGCCGUUCAAACAGCACCCGCGCCGGCCUGCGCAGCGAGGCGAUAUGAUCGUGGGCGGCACGACCAUGGCGCUGUACCGGGCCGCGGCGCUAGGCCUCACCCUGCCCGUGCCGCAGCGGUACGAGGAGGACGGUCGACAAGUGGAGCCCAGUCGGCGGCCGGAGCGCUUCCGGGUGCUAGAGCCGUGCUGCGGGCACGGAUCGAUCGUCUUUGAGGCGGCCAGCGCGCUCGAGAGCCGAGGGAUCAAGGCCGAGGUGCUGGGGUGCGACGUUGACCACGAGACGAUUGAGCGGACGCAGAAGAUGGCCGAGGUCAGCGGCUUCAGCGCCGACGACGAAGGCGCCAUGGUCAAGGUCGGCAUCCAGCACGUCGACGCUACGCAGACCGAGGACCUGCUGCAAUUCGUUGGCGUGCCCAACAGUAUCGACGCCAUCGUCACGGAUCUGCCGUGGGGUCGACGGGAAAAGUCGGCGCAGUCGCUGUCGAAGCUGUACCACAGGUUCAUCGAGAGCUGGAUGGCGGUGCUGCGCACAGGCGGGAGCGUCGUGGCGAUUACGGCCGAGCAGCGCACGUUGUCGCGGGCGCUCAAGGUGUACGAGACGACCUGCCGCAAAGGGCGGAAGGGGUCGGUGCUGGUGUGCGAGGAGCUGCGGCUGGCGGAUGGCAACGACAACGACAACGACGCCGGCACGGCUGCGGGCGGCGAUGCGCUGCGAUGGGUCAAGGCGCACGAGGACGGACGAGUGAGCCGGCAGGCUAGCCUGGACGCGCAGCGCAAGGAGCUGCUGCGCAAGAUUGAGAUUGGGUACCACGUCUACGUCUUCUGUAUUCGCAAGGUGGCGACGUGA